ACUUGAGCCAAGGGCUAAAUUUGUAAUUUGGAAAUACUUCUUUUCUCUCUGCUUUAUAUUCCUUCAGAGGAAAAAACUUAGUUCAAGUUAUAGGGUUUUGCAGUCAGAAUAAUCAGCUUAUUUAUAUAUAAAUCAGGGUGUUUGGGAGAUUUUGAAUUUGGAUAAAGAAAUAAUGGAACAUGGGUCCUUCACUGAUAAUAGUGCUGCAACUUUUUCUUUAACAGAAGAGGAUCAUACUCUGGCUAAUGCUGUUAGAUUCACCUUGAAUCAAGACCCAAGGGUUACAUUUUCUGGGUACAGUAUUCCUCAUCCUUCGGAUGCUCGAGUUAAUAUUAGAGUUCAGACCACUGGUGAUCCAGCAAGAGAGGUACUGAAAGAUGCAUGUCAGGAUCUAAUGCUGACGUGCAGGCAUGUAAGGAGCACUUUUGACAAGGCUGUUGAAGAUUUUAAAGCAAGCAAUGCUGUGAAGGCCAUGAAUAUUGAUUCACAAGACAGUGAUUCAGAAGAGAGUGAAUGAAAUUAGUAUAUUUCCAUUUUUUUCUUUGACAUCUUUGUUCAAACCAUGGUGUGCUCAAUAUUAUUAUCUCAAUCUCAAAGUAGUGCUUUUGUUGUC